CACGUUUCGCUUGUGUGACUUAAAUCAAUUUAUAAUGCCAGAGCAAGAAGUUGUCAGUAAACCAAAUGAAUCCACAAUAAGAGUGCCCUUUGAUACGCCGCAUCAUGCCGAAAUUGCCUAUCGCGUUUUGAGUGUUGAUCAAGAACCACGCAGAAACUUUGUGAAGAAAACGCUGAGCUUGGAGCAGGAUGUGCUCGUGGUGCAUUUCAGUGCCGAUCAAGUGAAGAGUCUGCGCACAGCAAUUACCUCCUUCUUUGAGAGCCUGCUACUCUGCCAGGACACCAUAAAACUGUUUGGAGCCCCAUCCACAAUCCAAAGCAAUAACAAUGCCGGAACACAGUCCAGCGCCGACUCCGCAUAGAGCCAUCUACGGAUUCGCAUUUUACAUGCUGUUCAGCGUGCUCUUCUUUGUGUAUGUGGCGUGGGCCUAUCUGCCCGUGGAGCUGGGCCUGCAUUCCUAUUUACCGGACAAGUAUUUCGCUGUGUUUGUCCCGGUGCUGAUUCUGGUGGGUGUCUCCUUUGCUGUUAUCAUCUAUCCGGCCAUCAAUCUAUCGAUGACACCGAAUAUUGAUUCCGUUGCCUCAGUCGUGGAUCUCAAACUGGCACUGCCUAAGGGCUCCCAGUUCACAUCCUGGUCCCAGCUGCAAUGUAAACAAUAUGAAACUUCGCCACCACAGAAUACAUCAGCUCCUACUCAUCCAUGUAGUAUAUGCCACAUGGAGCACCAGGCAAAGAGUCGUGCGCCCAUUCCUCCACUACGAUUUCUAGACUUACAAGAAGUAAACUCCACAUAUUACAACUAACAAA